AUGAACCCUGGAAUUAACAGUGAAGUCUUCAGCCUAGCACUGGCUUGGGAUGCUGAACAGGGGAAGAAUUCCGUAAAUACAAUGUUUCUGGUAGACCUGUAUGCAACUUAUUUUUUUAUUAAUUUAGCAGCAGCAACAGAAGAACCUGAGGUGAUUCCAGAUCCAGCAAAGCAGACAGAUCGGGUGGUGAAAAUAGCAGGAAUAAGUGCUGGAAUUCUGGUAUUCAUCCUGCUUCUCCUUGUUGUCGUAUUAAUCGUAAAAAAAAGCAAACUUGCAAAGAAGCGCAAGGAUGCCAUGGGGACCACCCGUCAGGAGAUGACACACAUGGUGAAUGCGAUGGAUAGAAGCUACGCUGACCAGAGCACCUUGCAUGCAGAGGAUCCCCUUUCAAUCACAUUUAUGGACUCUCAUAACUUCAGCCCCAGAUAUGAAAAUCACAGCGCAACAGCAGAGUCCAGUCGCCUCCUGGAUGUCCCCCGUUACCUAUGUGAAGGCACAGAGUCCCCCUACCAGACCGGGCAGCUGCACCCUGCCAUCAGAGUGGCUGAUCUACUGCAGCACAUUAACCUGAUGAAGACUUCUGACAGCUAUGGAUUUAAAGAGGAGUAUGAGAGUUUCUUUGAGGGGCAGUCAGCUUCUUGGGAUGUCGCUAAGAAGGAUCAAAACAGAGCAAAGAAUCGCUAUGGAAACAUUAUAGCAUAUGACCACUCCAGGGUGAUUUUGCAACCUGUUGAAGAUGAUCCAUCUUCAGAUUACAUUAAUGCCAACUACAUAGAUGGAUAUCAGAGACCAAGUCACUACAUUGCAACCCAAGGUCCAGUUCAUGAGACUGUGUAUGAUUUUUGGAGAAUGAUAUGGCAGGAGCAAUCGGCUUGUGUUGUGAUGGUCACAAACUUAGUGGAAGUUGGAAGAGUCAAGUGUUACAAAUAUUGGCCUGACGACACAGAAGUUUAUGGUGACUUCAAGGUGACUUGUGUAGAGAUGGAGCCCCUGGCAGAGUAUGUGGUCAGGACCUUCACUCUUGGAAGGAGAGGCUACAAUGAAAUCCGUGAAGUCAAACAGUUUCAUUUCACUGGCUGGCCUGAUCAUGGAGUUCCUUACAAUGCUACAGGCCUGCUUUCAUUUAUACGAAGAGUCAAAUUAUCUAAUCCUCCUAGUGCAGGACCUAUUGUCGUCCACUGCAGUGCUGGUGCUGGACGCACAGGUUGCUAUAUUGUGAUUGAUAUCAUGCUAGACAUGGCAGAAAGAGAAGGCGUUGUGGAUAUCUACAACUGUGUCAAAGCAUUACGGUCCCGUCGCAUCAACAUGGUACAGACAGAGGAGCAGUACAUCUUUAUUCAUGAUGCCAUUCUAGAAGCUUGCCUGUGUGGGGAAACUGCCAUUCCUGUCUGUGAAUUCAAAGCUGCUUAUUUUGAUAUGAUUAGAAUAGACUCUCAGACAAACUCUUCACAUCUCAAAGAUGAGUUUCAGACCCUGAAUUCUGUUACCCCUCGCCUGCAAGCCGAGGACUGCAGCAUAGCUUGCUUGCCAAGGAACCAUGACAAGAACCGCUUCAUGGAUAUGCUGCCACCUGACAGAUGUCUGCCCUUCUUAAUUACUAUUGAUGGGGAGAGCAGCAACUACAUCAAUGCAGCUCUUAUGGAUAGCUACAGGCAGCCAGCAGCUUUUAUUGUCACGCAACAUCCUUUACCAAACACUGUGAAAGAUUUCUGGAGAUUAGUGUAUGACUACGGCUGUACUUCUCUUGUGAUGUUAAACGAGGUCGACUUAGCACAGGGCUGCCCACAAUACUGGCCUGAAGAGGGAAUACUGCGUUACGGUCCCAUUCAAGUGGAAUGCGUAUCUUGUUCAAUGGACUGCGAUGUAAUAAACCGAAUUUUCAGGAUAUGCAAUCUAACAAGACCACAAGAGGGCUAUCUAAUGGUGCAGCAAUUCCAGUAUUUGGGAUGGGCUUCUCACAGGGAUGUACCAGCUUCCAAGAGAUCCUUCUUGAAAUUAAUCCUCCAAGUUGAAAAAUGGCAAGAGGAAUGUGAAGAAGGGGAGGGCCGGACCAUCAUUCAUUGUCUAAACGGUGGUGGCCGGAGUGGGAUGUUCUGUGCCAUCGGCAUUGUGGUUGAGAUGGUAAAAAGGCAGAAUGUGGUUGAUGUUUUCCAUGCUGUGAAGACUUUGAGGAACAGUAAACCCAACAUGGUAGAAACUCCGGAGCAGUAUCGCUUCUGCUAUGACGUUGCACUGGAGUAUCUGGAAUCCUCUUAGUUGGAAUGGAUGUGACAAAGUUCACCAAAUAUCUGAAUCUCAUUACGCUGUUUUGACAACAGUUCUUGAUCCUGUGAAGAAAGAUUUUAGGGGAAGAGGGGGGAGGGGGGAUUUUAAAUUUUAAAUGCAAAGUAUUUUUCUUAUGAAGUUGUGUAUCUUAAUAAAAGAAUUCAAUCUGUUUCUAUGCUUGUAUACAGUAUCAACAUUUAGUGCCACAUAAAUACUAUUUAAUGAAAACCAGAGUCAGAAGAGAUUUGCGCAAAUUAGGACUUUUCAGUGUUUGUAUAUGCAGCCGUCUCUCAAUUACAGUAGAGCGACCAUCUGUUGCAUGUAUCAAUAUUUCCUAUAUGGUAUUAAUUUUCUUUUUUUUUUUUUCCUUUUGAUACAUUGUUAAAGUAUAAUAACAGUGCAGAUUGAUAGUAAGGUUCAUUCUUUAUACGUUUCAAGUGUUGCAUAUAUAUAUUAUAUAUAGUUUAAAAAAAAACUGGCUUAUUUUGUUUUAAUGUGCAAUGAUGGCUGGAUCACAUAAAGAUCUUUAUAAAGAAACUUAAACAUAAGCCAAAGACUCAAGUGUAAAUAUGUCUAUAUGGAGAAAGCACAUGUAUUUAUUGUUUACUUGCAUUCCUUUUUUGAUGGCUGAAAAAAAAAGAAGAAUCAUUUUUCUUGAAGAAAGCUUUUUUUGCUGAAAUCAAGUGUAAACAAUUUUUGUAGUUUAUUUUUUGUAUGUUUAGUGUAAGUAGAAGACAUACUUUUUAUGCUUAGACCAAGAAACAUUGGUAUAGUGGUUUUGUUGUGUACAUGCUUGUGAAUCAGAUCCAUGUAAACAGUUAUAGAAGGUCUUUAACCACAGGACCAAAAUCAAAACAUUUUGCUGAAAAUGUAUAGUUUUUCACAUUUGCAUUAGUUAAAUAUUGAUUAAAAUCUGUGGAAGGAAGGGCGCUCAUCAAAUCGACCUUACCUACAACUCGCAUAUCAUUGGAAGAAAUUUUUUAAGUUAGAGUUCUAAGGGAUCCAAUUGUUUAGAAAGAUACUGAAGCACAGGUCAACAGGAGAACUAUCAGGCAAAUAGAUGGCUCUACAAAUGCCCUUUAGUGCAAAAAGCAUUUGUUUAAUAAAUUGUAAAAAAUAAGCAAUGUUUAUUUUGAUGUUUACGAACAUGUACGCUUUGCUUCCAAGAAAGCAAAAUUUGAAUAAACCAAAUCCAGAUUCUCAUUAUACUUGUGGUGUACAAAAUAUUACUGUUCUUUUGCUUAGCAUGUAUCCAUUUGUUCAAAAGCUUUCCUAUAUCUCAUCAGUUGAAAUCAUUUCAGUCUCUUGUUGGUCUUUUUUAGAACUGACAGUAAAAUGAUAAGGUGCUUAUAAAUAUUCUGUAAAGUAAGAGUGAAUUAAACUUUUAUUUAAAUAUUA